CUUUCUUCCGAACUAAGGUUCUCUUACCACCUCACCCCGACACCCCCAUCCUCCGUCCUCUCUUGGGAUCUGUCCUGCUCUUCUUUUAGGUCUAGGUAUAUGGAAUUCUCCGUCUCGUCCUGUCGCCAGUGACUCGCUGAUCGCUGCUGCGGGGAGCGACACAGUGAGGACGUGGGGGUCUAGGAACCGGAAAUGGGUUCUGUAUCAUUUGAGGACAUCUCUUUGGACUUUACCUGGGAUGAGUGGCAGGAUCUUGAUUCUGCUCAGAGGACACUCUACAGGGAUGUAAUGCUAGAGAAUUAUAGCAGCCUCAUGUUUUUGGGACACUGCACGACCAAACCUGAGUUGAUCUUCAAGUUAGAGCAUGGAUUUGGGCCAUGGAGUUUAGCAGAAGCCUCUAUCCAGAGCCUUCCAGGUGUUCAUAAAAUGACUGUCCCAAUUGAGAAUGACCAGGAAUAUCACAAGGGACUUUUGUGGCAAGUUGAAAUCACCAACAGGCAGAUAUCAAAUGAAGAAAUUGUUGAAGCAGAACUGAUGGUGGCACAGAAAAUCUGCCAGGGGACAUCUUAUGAAGGGAAAGCAUGUGUGAAGAUGUUUUGCCAACAGUCACAGCGCACAAGGGAUCAGAGCACACUCGCAUGUGAGACAGCUUUCAGUUAUAAGUCACUUCUCAAUAAUCAUCAGAGCCCUUUAGAGGAAACACCCUGUACACAUAGACAGUGCAGGAAUACAUUCUCUUGGAAGUCAUACCUCACUGAACAUCAGAGAAGUUGUAUAGAUGAGAAGCCAUAUGAAAGUACAGGAUAUGGGAAAGCUUCCCACACCAAGUCUCAGCAUCAGAUUACUCAUACAGAUGAGAAGCCCUACAAAUGUCUGGAAUGUGGGAAAUACUUCUACUACAAGUCACAAAUCACUGAACAUCAGAGAAGUCAUACAGGUGAGAAGCCUUAUGAGUGUACAGAAUGUGGAAAAUCUUUCAGCUAUAAGUCACAUCUCACUGUCCACCAGAGAAGUCAUACAGGUGAAAAGCCACAUGAAUGUACAGAAUGUAGGAAAGUUUUUUACUAUAAGUCACAACUCACUCGACACCAAAGAAGUCAUACAGGAGAGAAACCCUAUGAAUGUGUGAAAUGUGGAAAAUCUUUCUACUGUAACACGCAUCUUUCUCUACAUCAGAGAAUUCAUGUAAGUGAGAAACCUUAUGAGUGUACAGAAUGUGGAAAAACUUUCUCUUUCAGUGCGUGCCUCACUCGACAUCAAAGGACUCAUACAGAUGAGAAGCCAUAUGAAUGUACAGAGUGCCCCAAAGUUUUCCACUUUAAGAAACAACUUACUCAUCAUCUGAAAAGUCAUACUGCUGAGAAGCGCUUUGAAUGUAAACAAUGUGGAAAAGCAUUUUACUGGAGGUCUAACCUUAGUGUGCAUCAGAAAACUCAUAGUGGUGAGAAGCCUUUUGAAUGUAAACAAUGUGGAAAAGCAUUUUACUGUAAGUCCCACCUCACUGUACAUCAGAGAACUCAUAUAAGUGAAAAGCUCUAUCAAUGUACAGAAUGUAGGAAAGCAUUCUAUUCUCAGACACAGCUUACUGUACAUCAGAAAACUCACACUGAUGAAAAGCCAUAUGAAUGUAAGCAAUGUGGGAAAACAUUCUACAGCAAGUCUGGGCUUACUGCACAUCAGAAAACUCACACAGGUGAGAAGCCCUAUGGAUGUAAACAAUGUGGAAAAGCAUUCUAUAAUAAGUAUUUGCUCAUUGAGCAUCAUCGAGUUCAUACAGGUGAGAAGCCCUAUCAAUGUACAGAAUGCAAGAAAGCAUUCUACUGCAAGAAAUAUCUUUCUCUACAUCAGAAAACUCAUGCAAGUGAGAAGUCAUUUCAUUGUGCAGAAUGUGGGAAAGCCUUUUCCUGGAUGUCACACCUCACUCAACAUCAGAGAACUCAUACAGGUGUGAAGCCCUAUGCAUGUGAACAAUGUAGGAAAGCUUACUACUUCAAGAAGCAGCUCACUCGACAUCAAAGAACUCAUACACAUGAGAAGUCAUUAGAUGUAAAUAAUGCAGGAGAACAAUUCAAAGCAAAUGCAACUUCUCUGUGUAUGAAAGAAUUCAUACAAAGGAGAAACUCUGUAAGUGUACCAAAUGCAGAAAUUUUUCUUCCUCAUGUCACACCUUACUCAAAGUCAGAUGAGAAAGCCUAAGGAUGUAAAGAAUCAAUGAAAUUUUACUAAAAUGUAUAAUCAGAAAGCUUGCAGGUGAAAAUCUGAUUAAUUUUAAAAGUAUGGUAAACUUCUAGUGUAAGUCAGCUGUUACUCAACCAAGGAACACAUACCACAGUGAGACAUAUCUCUGUAAAGAUUGAAGGCGUGGUACCACAGUGCUCUGUAAGAGAAGCCAUAUGUGUGAAUCCUAUGAAGUUAAAAAAUGUAGAAAAGCUGUGUCAUUCUUCAUUUGACUUGAAUAUACUGUGAGUAACACUGAAUGUUAAGAACAGAGGAAAGCUUUCUAAUAUUAAGCCUCCUGAAUUCAUACCUGGAAACUUAUGCAGGUGUGGGGCCCAAUGAAAUUAAUGAAAAUGGACAUGUUUUGUUUUUUUGAGGUAGGGUUUCUAUGUGUAGUUUCAAACUCACAGAGAUCCUCCGGGCUCUGCCUCCUGAGUGCUGAGAUUAAAGUUGUGCACCACCACCACCCAGCCUGACAUGUUUUAAAAUAGAAAUCAGGCUUCUACAUUAGAAACUUCAUAUAUGAUAUGCCAGGUACAGCAAAAAUUGUAGUGAUGUAUAUUACCACAUGCUUUCAAUUCUAGAUCCUCAUCCUGAGACUCUGUGACUGAAGGCUAUCCUUAGCAACAGAUGAUCUUAUUCCAUAUGAUUAAAAGCAGUAAAGCCUACUUGAACUGUCCCAUGUCAGGUAAAGACAUUGCAACCCAUAUAUUUAAAACCCUAAGAAUAUAAAGAGUGCCAAAAAUUUUAAAUUGAACUUGAAAUUGAUCUGGCAUUGGAAACCCAAUAGAGGUGAUUAACCAGAGGAGUCCAAUUUGAAAACACUUCAGUAGUUAAACUGAGUUUAUUACAGAUUUGCCAGUAAAGUAUAGAUGUAAGGAUUCAAGAAAAGGCAUUCAGCCAUGCUCCCACAGUACCAGCCAUCAGAUAACUCUUGCAAGUGAGAGCGCAUUUGAAGUUUAGAAGUACACUUGGCUUAAAUGUGGCUCAGUGGCAGUAGACUUAUGAGUCUUGUAUUUACACAGAAGUUUUCGUGUGUCAUCUUGAUUUAGAAUAUUUACAUUCAUGGGACAUUUGUAUAUCAGGUAGAAUAGUCUAUAAGUUUUAAUGUCCCAUCAGAUAUGAACAUUUUUAAUGUGUCACAUUUUUAUAAUUGUUUAGUUUUGAGACAAUCUUGAUGUGUAGCUUGAGUAUCCUCUGAUUUCUGCAUGUGCAUAGUUAGGUACCUCCCCCCUACACACAUAUAGAAAAUAUACACACAGUAGAAAAAUAUCAAAAUUUUUUAUGUAUUAUGAAAUUGUAUAACAAAACAUCAGGAUAUGUCAUUUUCAUGUUACUCUUCAAAUAGAAUUUUGCUUAAAUGUGCUAUUAAAAGUUAAAAUGUUCAACUAUAACCCAAUAAAGAAACAUAAUAAUAUACCUUGCCAAUAUCCAUUAGGCAACUUUUUUUUAUUUUGGGGGGCUUUUUUUCCUUAUUGUAAUGCUUUGAAUCAAAACCACAGACUUGGGCAUUCUAGACAAGUGCUCUAUCCUGAGAUAUAGGUUCCUAGGCAAUGUUUUGAUGAAUUUGUGGUCAUUGGAACUUUGUAGUUCAGUCUAAUCUAUUAAAGCCCAUACAUACAUAAAUAUCUGUGCUUUGUGGAUAGUAGACUUUAUUUCCUUGAGUGGCUUCAUCAUAACCAUAUAGAAUAUGUGCAGUUUGUUUAGAAAUAUAGGAACUGAAGGUCAGAGUGUACCUUAAUAAUAGGGCAUAUGCCUCUGCGUGUAUAUUUUAUAACUGUAAUCCCAGCACAUACAAAGGAUAUAGACAUUUAAAGACAGGAAGCAUAAUAUCAAGAAAAGGUAUCAGAUUCAAAAUCAUUUCUUUGUGACCUUGACCAACUAUGCUGCACAUUCUAAACUUUAAGAUACUUCCCCAAAUAGUGCUUCCAAUUUGAAUAUCAAACACUCAGAACAUAGACAUCAGACAGAGAUUCCAUGUAGCUGCACAGCAUAUAGUGACUAUGUCCCCCAAAUUGUUAAGUUACCCACUAUUUUAAAGAAGCUUAGGGGAUUAUUUAUGAAGCAAAUACAACUAAAACCAAUAAACUCAAAGAUAAAUAAAAUAUAUAAAGCAUUUAGGAAUGAGUAACACAUUUUAAUCAGAAUAAAAUAUGCACAGUAGAUAACAUAAAAAUGAGAGGCACAACAUCAAUGGAAUAACAUUUAAGUAAAGAGGGGAAAAUAAAAAUCAGAUACAGAGUUUCAUGUUUUGCAGUCUUUAAAGAGCCAAAUAGAGGACACAGUGCAAUUCAAGUUAUACAUAAUUUCAUAAAAAAUAAAAUUAAAAUAAAUGCUGAUGAGAAUCUUGAAUUACAUAUGUUUAUUGUGUAUGUAUAUGUCCAUAUUCCAUAGUGUGUGUGUGUGUGUGUGUGUGUGUGUGUGUGUGUGUGUGUGUGUGUAGGUUUGACAGCAACUUCCUUUGAACCUCUAAAUAUAACAUUAGGAAUAAGCAUUUUUGCAGAUGUAAUUAAGCUGGAGACCAGGAUAUGAAUGAUGUCAUCUGGAUUCUCCAGAAAAAAAAACCUAAAUAAAAUAAUACUGUCCUCAUAAGGAGAAACAGCAGAAGUGGUGUGAAGAAUGCCUAUGUUCUUAACUACUCUCUUGGCCAAGGCAGUAGGUUCACAAGUUCAGAAACAGUCUGGGCUACAGAGUGAGUACAGGUCCACAUGAAUGAUAGUGAUGUUAUUUCAUAAGAAAAAGUACAAAAAAUGGGCUGAGAAGUUGAUAAAAAUAGAACACUAUAAUCAAGAAAUUAGGAGGUGAAAACAAGAUUAAAGUUAAGAUCAUUCUCCAGCUAUAUAGUGAAGUUCACGCCAGCAUGAUCUACAUGAGACUUUAUCUU